AUGGCGCUGAACGAGAGCCUCGCCAGGUUCCGGCUGCUGCAGGAGAGGAACCAGGCGGCUCUGUCCGCCAUCGCCGCAACCAGAACCUCAUCAUCGUCAUGCACCAAGCCGUCCCAGCAGCAACCCGCUCCAACUCCACGGCCGGCAGCCAAGCCAUCCCCGCCCGCGCCUGCCGCCGCUGUCGUCAGAUUCUCCGAUGACACGGCGCGGCUACGGAAGAUCAACGAGGUGAGGAGGUCCACGGUCGGGCACCAGAUGAAAAACGUGAUCGACCUGCUCGACAAGACGAGGGAAGCUCUUACGACGCAUCAGAUCAACCAAUGGACCUACGUCGACAUCGACGGCAGCAGGACCCUCGCCGAGAGCCUGAGGAACAACCCCAAGGUGCGCUUCGACGGGCGGCGCUACUCCUACAAGCCCACGCACGACGUCAAGGCCAAAGGCGAGCUGCUGACACUGAUCAAGAGCUUCCCGGACGGCCUCCCGGCGUCCGAGGUGGAUGACGCGUAUCCAGCCGUCUUGGAAGAUCUGCAGGCCUUGAAAUCCUCGGGCGACGUCUAUCUGCUGCCGGGCGAGGGAGGCAUCAUAGCGUACCCGAACGACGACCCGAGGUCGAAGAUCGGGGUGGACACCGAGCUCAAGAAGCUGUUCCACGACAUCAAGCUCCCGCGGGAGAUGAUCGACAUCGAGAAGGAGCUCAGGAAGAACGGCGAGAGGCCGGCCACCGAUACUAUGAAGCGGCGCGCGGCGGAGCAGCUCAAUGGCCGGCAGCCCAAGCCGAAGAAGGCCAAGAAGAAGUCGCGCGGGCUCACCAGCAGGACCAAGCUCACCAACGUUCAUCUCCCGUGGCUCAUGGACCUGCCUGUGGAUUCGAAGGAUAUCAUCUGAUGACUGAUGGGUGUGUAAAUCAUGUAUGGCACGUGGAUUGGAACUUCUGACUCUCUGUUGGAUUCUAUAUAUACUCUGCCGUCCCAAGAUGCACCGCCUAAGAUUUAGGACUGAUAUUCUCUACUAAAGUUAUGGUGUGUUACAACCAAAAGAUGUUAAGUGACAAAAUGAGCCAAACUCAAUUUGCCGGUGCUCUCACUGAUUACAUCGAAGGUUUCAACAGUCAAGACUGGCUAAGCCAGUCUUUAAAUUUGUGGAAUACAUGGUCGAAAAAAUGAACGCGUUACAAGAAAGAGCUUAGAUGCCGAGUACACGGCGAAGGUCGAUUGCCUCAGCAAGGCUUUGCCGGGUGGCACACGUGGCAAAACCUACUCAACAUACAUCCUAUCAACAAAGUGGAGUUUGUCCUGUGUCGUUUGUCGGCACUCGGCAAAGUCUCUGCUGAGUUAAAAAAAAGACACUCGACAAACAAAAGGGGUAGGCAGAACAUGGCGAACAAUGCUGGUGCCACAUGCAGCUGGUGUUAUGGCAAGUGCAUG